AUGAUCAACACCAUCCCCAAAAAUCAUGCGACGCGCGUGACGGCCGUUUUUGAAACGUGGGCCCCGCACUGCGACGAGCACAUCUUCAUGACCACGGCGCGCGUGUUGGAGAAGAAGGCGACGGCUGCCAAGAGGGGCCAGAAGCGCGUGAAGAAGCCGACGUUUUGGGUCUACGAUUUUAGCCAUCUGGGCAAUCGAACGAAACCUCACGACAGUAAGGAAUGGCUGUGGGACCGGAUGCGAGCUGCCUUCAAACGGGUACAUCAAGAGAAAUUGAACGAUUUCGACUGGUUCCUGAAGGCCGAUGACGACACAUUUGUCAUCGUCGAGAAUCUCAAGGAGUUUUUGACGCGGCUGGACCCGGAUAUUCCGUAUUUUGUACUACAGCGGCAUUGGUUGCUGGAGGAUGGGCGGGACCCGAAUCAAAUCUACGGAAGCGGUGGGGCUGGCUAUAUUCUGUCGAGAGCCGCCGUGAAGAAGUUCAUCGAAAUCAUGCCAAAAGCAUCUGAAUGUCGUCAGGGCAGCUACAAGCACGAGGAUACGGAGAUCGGCGAGUGCCUCCGGAAUGCCAACGUCACCUUUAUCGACGCGGCCGACCCGUCUGGCAGGCAUAGCAUGCUGCCCAUCAAUUUUGGGCAUCUACUCUCGCCGCUCGACGGGCAUGGGGUCGCCUGGGCCCAGGAGACGUCAAUAUUACCCCUGGAUAAGGGCCCCACGUGCUGCUCGCCGACGUUGAUCUCGACCCACUACGUGACCCCGGACCAGAUGUACGCAUACUACUUCUUCGUCUACAAACUACAACUCGCCCAGCGGCCA